UUCUAACUGUAUGUUUUUCAUUUAUCAGUGCAUAGGGUUGUUUAUAAUGGCAAGUUUAGCUGCAUUGGCCGCAUAUGACGUAUCAGAUGGAGAUACUGAUGCUGAACACAGUGAGAAUGGUGGCUCGCCUGUUGACACGACGAUAAAUAAUGAUGUUGAAGUAAACGAAGAAGAAGAGGAAAAUAAAGAUGAGAUUGAUGACCAGGAAGACAUGGAAACAACUGUGGUUGAACUGGAGCAACCUGCUGUGAAGAUUGCCAAGAAGAGAUACAGCUGUGAGAACGCUACCGCGCUGGCUGUUAAGUUGCGCACGUUAGAUGAAGACGACCUACACUUGCCUCCAGAGCCGGAAGGGAGCUGUUCGGUGAAGCUGCAGCAAAAGAUCUCGAGGCAUUACGAGAGGAAGAUGCAAGAAGGAAAGGAUUUAAAUCAAGCGAUCCAAUCCAGGAAAGAUUUCAGGAACCCCAGUAUUUACGAGAAAUUGAUCGCAUACCUCGCUAUUGAUGAGUUGGGGUCCAACUUCCCGAAGGAAGAAUUUAAUCCGGAUGUUUGGAAGAAAAUGCCGACGUACGAUGAGUUGGCGAGACUACAGCGGGAGGAAAUCGCAAAGAAAGAUAAAAAGACAAAAGUUGAAUUCGUAACGGCAGUGAAACAGUCUACUUCUGGAACGGAAACUAAAAAGACAAAAUGGGAUAAAAUUGAUUCCAAAACUCAAUCAACAAACUCAAAUAAAACCACAGUAAUUUCUGCUGUGGGGAAUUUAAAAAAGUCUAAAUCAUAGCAGAGGCUAUGAGGUAUAUAUUUGUAAAGUAACUAUUGUGGCAGGAACAAGCGUUGUUGCAAAUUCAAUCUGUGUCACCUUAUUACGUUGCUACUAGUAAAAUAGUUUCCGCAAAUGUAAAUAAACGAUUUCAACAAUUUCUAAUUAUUUCCUUGGUUAUUAAAUCUUUUAAAAUUGA